AUGUACUACGACUAUCUUGGUCUUGCUGUAGUGUCGAUCACACUUGUCGACUUCGAAAUGAACAACGAGAUCCUCCCCAAAGCUUCCAUUGACAUCAAAGCUAUACGAUCGAAUCCUGCUCUCUAUUCACAGAACUGUGUGCAUCGAAGAUAUGGUGGCAGUGCUCAGAUUCCCCAGCAAAUUGUUGAUUGCCAUUCGCAAUGGUUAGAGUUGGAGAGAUCUUCGCUUGAGGCUCGACAAAAGUUGAAAAAUGUCCAAACUCAAAUUGCAGCUGCAGAGGAAGACGAAAAAAAAUCAUUCUUAUCAGAAGCUCGCUCACUCAGGGUCUCAUUAGAGCAGAGUGAACCCCAGCAGGAAUGGCUGCAGAACAAAAUCGCCGGACUGUCUAACCAAUUGCCUAAUCUGUCGAGCGACGAAACUCCUCUCGGUGACAAACCGUUGAUAAUAGAAGCCACUCCGCCUCCAGAUCGCAAUGAUGAUGCACUCCGAGAUCAUGUUCGCAUUGGCACACAGCUUGACAUACUUGACUUCAGUUCUGCUAUCUCCACCUCCGGAUGGGGAUUCUACUUUCUUCGCAAGGAGGCCAAAAAGCUCGCACGGGCUUUAGUAAAUUACGCUGAAUCUGUUGUAGAAAGACAUCAAUAUGAACCAUGCGAUCCGCCUACUCUGAUAUACUCUCAAAUCGCACAAGCUUGUGGCUACCGACCGCGCGACCAAAAUGGCGAACAGCAAGUCUAUGACAUUCAUAGACCGUAUAAUGAUGCGCAAACCCAAAAACCACAGCUCAGCUUAGCAGGUACGGCCGAAAUUCCACUUGCCACCAUGCAAGCAAACAAGACCUUGCAACAGAAAGAUCUGCCAGCACGCAUAGUCGGCUCAAGUCGAUGUUAUAGGGCGGAAGCUGGCGCUCGCGGACGAGAUACAAGAGGGCUAUAUAGGGUCCACGAGUUUACCAAAGUCGAGAUGUUUGCGUGGACAAUGCCUGGGGAAGAGGUAAAGAUUUUCGAUGAGAUGGUUUCAAUACAAAAGGAGAUUAUCACUUCACUUGGGCUGCCCUUCAGACUCUUAGAAAUGCCAGCUCGCGAGCUUGGUGCAAGCGCGUCAAGGAAACGUGACAUAGAGGUCUAUUUUCCAUCGAGAAAGGACUUGAAUGGCGGCUGGGGCGAGGUGACCUCUGCAAGUAUAUGUACCGAUUAUCAAACACGCAGGCUCAAUACUCGGGUCAAGACGCUGAAUGAAGAGCUGGUGUUUCCGAGCACCAUCAAUGGAACAGCCAUGGCAGUUCCAAGGAUACUAGCCGCUAUAUUAGAGAACGGAUGGGAAAACGACGACGUCGUGAGAAUUCCUGAGGCGCUGUGGCCGUGGAUGAAUGGCCAGAAGAUAAUUGGCAAGCACAAAAUUAACGUUGCGAGCUAA